CGACUCCGCCAGUUGACUCGCUGUGCUUUCUAUCAAUAUAUCUGUCAUGCAUGAGUGAUAUAUUUCCUGUUUCUACCUGCGAGAAGAAACCCUCCCUCCUCGACGAAACGCCCUCUCCUUGGUCCUGUUGCCAGACCGCCCGCGAUGACCUUGCUGGAUGCAUAUGACAUCUCUGUUGGAUGGCAGCACUCGACGAUCUUCCGUGGAUAGAUUCCAUGUCCCGAACAUCAUACGGCCCAGAUAAUGGCCUCCAGCCGGACUCGCAACCACCGACGGUUGCUGCCUUCUCGCCGCCCACGCUGUCGGGCUCGUCUCUGGCCUCCAGACAGCGCUCUAGUAUCAUCGUCCAUCGCAAAUCGCCGCUGCUCGUUGCCACGCCGCCCCCCGUCACUCGUGCGCUCGCCUACUCGCAUCCUUUCAUCCUCCCGUUGAACAAGCUGGUCGGGUUGCUGACAUGGACUUCGGGGGAUCCGUGGCAGAGCUUUCUGCUCGUCACGGGGUUUUGGACGGUUGUUCUUUAUGGAGAUAUUGUAAUCAUGUGGGCUGGUCCGAUUCUCGUCGUGGCGGGCCUGAUCUUGGGCAUGUACUCGCGGCGCUACUCGCCCUUGUCGUCGACCACACUGACGGGUGAGAAACAUGGGGCAAAGAAAAUCGCAGCGGAGGCGUCUUCGACACGACACCACAAGAGUCUGGAUGAGAUUGUUGAUACGGUGAGAACGUUCACUACGCGGUGCAACAUUCUGCUCGAGCCGCUGUUAGACCUUACCGACUUCCUGUCUACGCAACGGACCGCCACCUCUGCCACGACAAAACCGGCUCUGACGGCGCUUUUCUUGAGAAUACUACUCGUGACCCCUAUCUGGAUCUUACUGACUCUCCCGCCUUUCUACAUCAUCACCACUCGCCGGGUCGUCAUGGCCGUUGGUACCAUCGUCCUUACCUUCCAUUCUCAGCCUGCAAGAAUUUCGCGUGUGAUUCUCUGGCGGUCACUGACAGUCCGGCGGAUCUGCUCAAUGAUCACCGGUCUGGACUUCUCGGCAGAUUCCGGGGCGAGCGGCACCGGCCAGUGGCUCAAGACCCAGAGUCAAGGCCAUGCGAUGAACAUCGCCACCAGACGCCGUGGAGAUUCAUCCGGCAUCCGCUUCACCUUUGUUCUGUAUGAAAAUCAACGCCGGUGGCUCGGGAUCGGCUGGACAUAUUCUCUUUUCCCCGCCGAACGUGCUGCAUGGACCGACGAGCACCUGAAUUCCGUGCCGCCAAAGGACGAAUUCGAGCUGCCAGACGUCCAGAGCGUGGACACAAAAUGGCGUUGGGUGGAGGGUUCAGACUGGCGCAUUGAAGGAGCCGACGAUUCGAUCUCAAAGUCCGAGUCCAAGGCUUCGGAUGGAGGUGGAUGGAUCUAUUAUGAUAAUAAGGUAUGGAGCUUUGGAUAAGCAGUCAUCUUUUUUUUUUCUCAACUAAUCAAUCCGUGUAGUGGAAUGACGGUCGUCGAGGUCAAGAUGGCUGGGAUCGAUACACCCGCAGAAGGAAAUGGUACCGGGAUGCGGAG